AUGGCCAGCACACAACCACCCUACUACACUUCCUCCUUCGGAAACCCUAACCAAGACCUCAACUCUACAACCCCAACCGGAACCUACCUAGGCGAAACUGGCACUGGCACCGCAGCCAACACCACCGACCCGCGUACAGGCCCAGCACCCUCAACCGCAGGCCCGCACCGCACCGACAUGGGUAACGCAGCAGACCCCCGUGUCGACAGCGACCUUAACAACCGCGCACAGUACGCACCGGGAACAACAACCUCGGGAACCGUCCACCCAGGUACAAACCAGGGGAUGUCGAACCCGGAGAACACCAGGAACAGUGGACCGCACCGUUCGUCGAUCUUGAAUAAGCUCGAUCCCCGCGUCGACAGCCAGACGGGGAAUACCACGACCAAGUCCACGAAUAUGACUGGCUCCGGUGCUAGACGGUCGUCUACGUAUGCAGAUACCACGCCUGAUGCUGCGGCGGGGAGUAUCGCGGGUGGAGGCUCCUCGACCGGGGGUGCGGGUGGUGCCCCUGGGGUGAAAGAUACGCGCUCGCAUUAUGACCCCCGUACGACGGGGUAUAACCCUGCUACCGGGUCAGGGUAUCAGACCGGUCAUUCGGGAGGGAGCUACGACCCGAACUCACAGGAUUACCGGGCCGAGUAUGCGUCCAGCACGGCGAAUAAGUCUGCUGGGACGGAGGACAGCAAGGCGGGACGCGCCGGGGAUGAGUUUGGGAAGGGGAUUCAAAAUGCAUAUGCGGGUAUUCAUGGCGCCGGAGAGAGCCUGCGUGGUGCGUUGAACGCUGCAGUUGAUCGGACUUUCGGCAGUCCGGAGGGGGUUGAGAAGAACCAGGGCAUUGCCCGGAAGGGUGAGGAGGAGAUCCGGUCUGGACUGUCGCGGUGA